AGAACUAGUCUCCUCAUAUAGGGCAGGUUCGCACCCCCUCUGCAGAACAUGUGAUGCCCACAUCCGGGGAUCCAUCCGCAGGGAACCUGUGCUGCAUCCAUUGGUUUGUAUGGCAGAAAGUAAAGUGUCAUUCCGUUGUGAGGCCACUAGAUGUCCUCGGAGAGCUCAGUGUCCCGGGAAAAGGGGCGGGAUGUGACGUCACGGAGAGUUUCGCCUGAUAAGUGGCUGGUGGAGUGUGAGGUGCUGUAUACCGGGGACAGAGCUGUACGGCUGUAUACUGAGCGGAGCCGCUGCCGGGGGACUCCAUCACACAGGGGACGGUGUUUAGGGUUAUCUCCCAUUGAAGUCGCCACCUUACGGAAAUAAAAUAGCAAAAGAAAAAAUGCGCAGCCUCCGCAGUGUUCUGCUCUCCUGCUUGUUUACGAUCCAAAUCUGGGAAGGAAUCUGUCAGAAUUGCACUAUAUCUGAGUAUGUUGACAAAAGUGGGAACUGUCUGCCAUGCAGAAAAUGCCAGCGAGGGCAGGAGCCCGAUGGGGCGUGUGGCUAUGGGGCGGGCGCUAGGGUAGGCUGCCGGAUUUGUGCCCCUGGGACGUUCUCCAGCCGUCAUGACAUGAUGCCCUGCUUGAUGCACUCAAAAUGCGACAAGAAGAAAAGGAUCCAGCUGAGCGCAGGAACCGCUAGUGCUGACACAGUGUGCGGAGACUGCCUGCCUGGGUAUUUUCCUCUGGUGGCAAAGAGUGGAAACACAUGUAUCGCGUGCUGGCUGGCACCCCCAGACACUGUAGGAUGUGAAGGUCAAAGAACACUAAGAAACCGUUCCCCAAGAACAUUAGAGGCUGCCAAAAACUCAGACCAUAAGUCCUCCCAAAACAGUACACGAAAAGGGGUCCAAGAUGACUCCAGGACAGAGUAUGCUGUAUUGGCUAUAGUUCCAGUCUUCUGCAUGAUGGGUCUAUCCGGUAUAUUAUUGUGUAACAUCCUAAAAAAGAAGGGAUACCGCUGCACGUCACAGAAGGCUGAUGAAGAGGCCUCUCCAGAGAAAGAUGGUAACAUCAUGUUAGAAGAGAACGGGAACGAAGACACCAUCGGGGUCCUUGUGCGUCUGAUCACUGAAAAGAAAGAAAAUGCUGUUGCUUUGGAAGAACUCCUAAAGGAAUAUCAAACUAAACAGACUUCCACAAUGGGAAACAAGUCCCCUCCAAACAAGCUUCACCUCCUGCCCCAGAUGCCGAACCUGUGCAAACACCAACAUCACCUGCACACUAUCCAGGGCCCGGCAUCGCGCUCCUGCUGCACUCGCUGCAGCCAGAAGAAGUGGCCUGAGGUCAUCUCCCCUCCGCGGACUCUGGUGGUGCCCGCAAGCAAUGGCAAAGGUGGCAGAACAUCAGCGAAGGCGGCUUUAGGAGAGAUCACCAUCCUCUCGGUGGGCAGGUUCCGUGUUGCCUGUAUACCAGAGCAGAAGCAAAAUCCCCCAGAAAUGAAGGCCGUUUCUGAGAGGGAUAUUCCGAGUCUUCCUCAAAGCGAUGUCUCUGAACAGAAGGAGCUGCUGUCCAACACACUGAGGGCCAAGAAUCCGAGUCUAGAAGAUAUCAGCAAGUUGAAGGAUGUCAUCUGACUCUGCCUUCCCGCCAUCCCAGCCAUUCACCUGCAACAAUCCAAGCUGUGGCGGGAGGGUCCUCCUGCUGGUCCCACGAGGGCUCACGAGGCAGCAAAGUGUGGAAUAUGGCAGAGACCCAUCUCUACAGCGCCUCCAUUACGCUGCAUACUACACCUAUCGUUUUUUCGAACGCAACACCAUAAUAGAAAACCACAAACGUUUCAAGGAUUUCUGCAAGAGGAAUGCAGUGGAAGGUGUUCUAAGGUCGUGCUACAGUUUCUCAUGGUCCAUUUUAGUAAUAUAGACUAUAUAUUUUUUUUAUAUAUAGAAGAUUCCUCGCUGAACUGUAAUCAAGGACUUUUUUUUUUAGAUUCAGAGAAUAUCGAAAAGUAAAGUCUUCAGAGUUGAAGGGGGAUGCGGCGGUGCCUGCUGUUGUCCUUCCUCCUGUAUACGCUACAGACUUGCUGCUAUUGUUGCUGCUAUUUUCCCUUUUUUUAACCUAGAGUCAUAUUUUUUUAACGCUAAUUUAGAAGAAUCAAGGUCUACACAAUAACCGCUGUCACCAGAUUGACCAGGGGGGAAACUAUCGCUGGAGGCAGUGUAAGAGAUUCUGCAAAACUUGUUUACACUGGAGGGGUAGUAAAAUGCGUUGGCAGUGUUUAAUUAAGGGGUACUCUGGUACUAAGACAUCUUAGUCCCUAUCCAGAGGAUGGGGCAUAAGAUGUCUGAUCGCGGGGGUCCGGCCUCUGGGCACCCCAGCAAUCUAGCAGGAAGCACUGGAGGCUCCAAGUCUUAUGCCUCCCGACCACGGGGACCGAGUAUCGUGAUGUCACAACUCCACCCCCCCCCCGUGUGACGUCAUGCCCCGCCUCCCUCAAUGCAAGUCUAUGGGAGGGGGGAAAAAUUGGUUGCAUUACUUGCGGGUUUUGCUGUUGAUACCGCCAUAUGCUAAAUCUGUGGCAGAAAUUUAAAAUUGGACUAAUCUGCUGUAUAUUUAAAGGGGUACUCCGCUGCCCCAGCGUUCGGAACAUUAUGUUCCGAACACUUGGAGCAAGCGGCAGGGGUUGU